UCAUAACAGCACAAGGUUUGAAUGAAAUCCACCUUCUAGUUUUUCGCUUUGGACAAAUUUGUUUACAGUUCCAAAUAUACCUAUGUUCAAACGAGAUCGUUUUAACGUUUUUGUUUCAAUUUCCAGGUGAUUGUAGGCGGCGUAAAAAUGCGCUAUCCAUCCUGCUACGUGCUGGUGACGGAUAUGGACGACGAUGCGAACAACGCGACCGCCUCCAUGUCCACCCUAGGCCAAUCGGCCACGCCUACAGGAGGCGGAGCCCUGAGUCCGGCGGCCAGUCCCGAGGGGGCGGCAGUGGAAAGGCGGGGAGUGAUUGGGCCGAGAAGUCCGGUGCUCGGGGGCUGUGCGGCGGCGACGCACGUGCAUACGCCGCCCACAAGUCCCGUUAGGAUUAAUAGCAGGGUGCCCCAACCGGGACCGUACACGGUGUCUGUCGAGCAUCUGAAUUCCAUGUCGCGAGAACCAACGGCUGCGACAGUGUUGCCAGAACGAACGUGGCAGGAAUGCAUGUUGAAUGGAAACCAACCGGAGAAAGAAAAAGAAUGUGACGGCAGUUGGGAAUUCGUCGAUCCUACCAGAAAAACGAACUGCACGUGUUCCAAGUGUAGAAAGAAAGAACCUGGCGGUCACCACCAGCAACAGUCUUCCAAGUGGUCGUCAUCGUCUUCGAAGGGCAGCUGCUCGAGCGGCAAAGGAGGAGGAGGGUCUGGAGCACGGCUGCCACCUUUCCACAGGCGCUCUCCAUCCUUCCAUUUGCCGCCGCUCACUGCCACUUCCUCAACCUCCUCUACCUCCAACACAACAACUUCUUCCCUGCCAAACACGCCUCAACCACAGAACACCGCGACAACAACGACUGCGACCAGUGCGAGCCAAGAAAGAUGCGGAAUCAGCGGUGGCGGCAGUUCUCUCGGCCAAUACACCCCGGCCCGCCCAUCAGAGCACGGCGGACCACCCUCCUAUCCGCCACGAACACAGGAUUCGCUCGCCCCACCCUCCGAAGGCAGUCCUCCGUCGGCAGCGCCAUCUCCAUUGGCCAAUCCGCAUUCGGCGCAACCACCUUCCGUACCGCCCAGCAGCCAGGCGGGCGGCACCGGUGACCAAUCGCAGCCGCCGUCGCUCUUAUCUCCGCAUACCGGAGGCGGAGUCAACGCUAACCCCGCCUCGGUGGGAGGAGGCGUGGCUUCGGUAGGCGGAUCUCAGCAGGAACGCAGCGGUCAGGAGGAGGAUAUCAGGCCGCCGGCAAGUAUGGACAGUACGGCGGCGACGCCUGCAGCCACGCCUGGACAGCCAAUGGGAUCGGCGCAUCACGCGGGAGGCUUGGCUAGUCCAAGGGAGGAGAAGCAGAAGGACGAGACGAAUAGCACGGGUGUACUCACGGUGCUGAAGAGGCCGCUACUAUCAAGCAAAGAUUACGAAUCUGCCUUAGGCGAAGAAGAACACACUUUAGAAAUGCUUUACGACUACUCAACAUUAGACGCAUGGCUUGAACAUCCUGUUAAAAGGAUUAAAAUGGACGGGAGGGAACGGCGACGGUUCAACCGUCAAAGUAAAGUCGACAUAUAUACGAUGUAUGCAACUAACGAAACAUUACAUAAUGGCGAUAUUGGGAACAACAGAAAUGGACCUAUCAUAAACAUCAAACAAGAAAUUAAGCAAGAAAUGUCUGGACAAGGGAUGGAGACGGGUCCAGGUACGCCGACCAGCGGUACCACAACAACCUCAGCCAAUCCAACAGGUGGGCCGCCCCUGCACGGAGUGAAACGACCCGGCGAUCCGUACGAAUUCGAGGAGGACCCCACCGGCCAGAACUGUCACGCUAUGGACGGAUUCAAGAGGGCGCAGCAAUCGCAAGAGGGUGCUGCCGCGGGGGCAGUCACCGGGGCGGCGGCUGCAGGUGGAGCUGUUGUCAAAGAGGAACCCAAAGAUGCGAAAAAGGUCACGGAGAAUCUGUUUACCAGCGAAGGUUUGCAGCCGUCGUAUAAGGAUCUCGAUCAGAUUUUUGAUAAUUCGGAUUAUACGAGUAGCGAUGAAACGCUGCAAAUCCAAACGCCGCCCGGCUCCUACCCAUCCAGCAACCUUCCGACUAUCACCAGCAGCGGUGGGUUGCAUUCCUUCGACGAUUCUACCAAACAGCGCUGCCCCCCGUGCACGGCAGCGCCGGGCGUCAACGAGCUCAGCAAAAUGUUCCCGACGCCUCCGAGUCUGGAACACAACCCGGUCGCGUCGCCCACAUGCACGCAACUGGAUCUGUCAAUGGCAGUGGAUUAUGACAUUGUCAAGGUCAAACAGGAGUGCCCGAUCGGGAUCGGCAGUCCCAGGGAGGAGAAUAUCGAGGAUUGGAGUUAUGUGUUCAAACCACCCGUCAUCUGCAAAAUGGUCGGUGCAACAAAAUAUGCCCCGCUAACCGGUCUACCAAGUCAAAUGCUUCCGCCAGUAACGAUACCCUCUGAAUGUACCUACAAACCGUCAUGGGUACAACACCACCAAGCUGUUGCUGCUGAGAAACAGAAAAUGAAUAAUGUCUCUAGUAUGAUGAAUAACUCGCUGCCGAACAACAUCCAAUCAGCGCUAGGCCCGUCGAGCGCUGGUUCCAACCAAUCGGCGGCACGUACACCAACACCCGGUGGUGGUCUGUUCCCGCAAUCGCCGAUGCACGGUACCGCGCCCGGUUUCCGACCGCCCCCACCUCCGUACGAUCCUACGGCGAGUCCAGCCAGCGCGCAUACGCCUGCCACGCCUGGGGGCGGUCAAAGCGGCGGCGGACCGCCUUACAAGACCGAAAUGGGCGGCAGCGAUACGGCUGCCCAUACGCCUACAGGUGGUGGUGGCGUGUCUAUGGGCAUGAUGCACUCCAGCAUUGCUGCCCAAAGAGGAAUGGCUCCCGAGGCCUCCAGUCUAGUACUCAACAUACUACUUACAGAUACGGCGUUCAACGUGUUCAGAGACCACAACUUUGACAGUUGUACGCUGUGCGUGUGUAACGCAGCUGGAAAGGUGGUAGGCAAUAUUCGAGGCGCUGAUGCUGGUAUAUACCUUCUGAACUCUGCCCUAGACAAGCACAAUGCCGCUUCCCACCCUGGAGCGAGUCCACCAUACCACAUAAAUCACCCCUUUGGAUAUGAAGAGCACCAUGAUGAAGAUGCAAUGAAAUGUACAUGCGGUUUCUCUGCGAUAGUCAAUAGAAGAUUGGCCUAUGGAAGUGGUCUGUUUUACGAGGAUGAAAUGGAAAUUACGGGCAUAGCAGAAGACCCCGGCGAACGCAAGAAAUCCUCCCUAGUCCAAUACCUGAAACGUCAACCUGACAACGACCCUAGCACCAGCGGUAUCGGCGGCGCGACAUCCGAUCGCGAACAGAUCGACGCGCUACCGCACCACCUGUUCGAACUUGUCCGGGAACAGGUGGUGUUCAUGUCGAGCGAAGCUAACGCCCUCUGCCGCGCGGCGCGGUACGUAGGUUCGGAAGCUGCGGCGGAGCGGGACCAGAUGGCGCUGGAAGUGCAUCCGCUGGAGUACCAAGACGGGGACGAAGUGACGGGAAUCGCGCUGGAGCAGAGCAGGUGUAGUAGCGGAGUGGGAACCGGGACCGCUACCUCGCUAGAGUCGCUCGGAUUGUGCAAACUGGAAGACGUGAAACCGCACCACUACGCAAACGCACUCCAUCACCACCACCAAGUAGCCAAAGCGCGUGGCAUGCGUGCCGGUAUGCCCGGCGGUGCCCCUCGUGGGUACGGAAGUUCCCUCGGCAGCCUCCGGACCUCUUCGGCCCUGCACACCGCCGUAGGGACCCUAGGCGGCCGGUCUGUGCACCGAUGGCCCUUCCUCAGGGCUGCCGGGCCCCGGUGCAACAGGGACAUCGUCAGGGUGAUGCACCGGUUACAACCGCUGUUGCAGGAGGCGAUACAGAAGAAGUGCCAGACUAGGUUGCUGUGGGAGGCGCCGAGCGCGGUGAAGGGGCCUCUUACGUGGAGGCAGUUCCAUAGGCUGGCUGGGAGAGGUACUGACGAUCGAUGCGAACCCCAACCCAUACCAUCGGUGAUGGUCGGUCACGACAAAGACUGGCUUUCUCUGUCCCCCUACGCGCUACAACAUUGGGAAAGCCUACUCCUGGAACCGUACUCUUACUCCAGGGAUAUCGCUUACAUUGUUGUCACACCUGAUAAUGACGCAGUACUGCCUAGGGUACGGUGGUUCUUCCGGGAACUGUCUACGGCUUAUGAAAUGUGCAAGUUGGGUAGGCACAGUCCCAUCACCAAAGUUCUCAGGGACGGCAUUCUUAGGGUAGGAAAAACAGCUAAAGCAAAAAUAGGCAAUGAACCUGUAGAAGAAUGGUUUACGUUACUAGGGGAAAAUGAAACUACGGAUAUGUUGAAGUUAUAUGCACAGGUUUGCAAACACCACCUGGCGCCUCACCUUCAACAGGUGCCUAUGGAUAAGACCCUUUUGGACCCUCCUCAAGAAAAUUCCGACCAACCCACACCUAGCCCUAUGCCGCCUCCAAGUACGCCUGAUAACAGUGGCAGUCAGGGUAGCAGCAGUGAUAAGGGGCCUAUCACCCCUAAAAGCGACCAAGAAGGAGACAGUUCAAAGGACAACCUCCCAUCCAGCGGCACGUCCAGCUCGCAACCGGAUUCGUCGAGCAGCCAUUGCGACGACGAAGACCGUGAAGCGCCGUCUGUGGUGGUGUACCUGGUGGAGCCGUUCACUCUAGGCCGGGACCAGCCUGAACUGAGGCGUUUGGCCUACCUGGCGUUGCUCAGGUGUUACCAAUCGGCGCUCGCAGCCAUGCCGGAAGGGAUCAGGAGCAAUAUUAGUGUGCAAAUAAUAUCCUUAGAAAGUAUAGUAGAAUUGAAUAAAGCAAGAGAUAGGAUGAGGCAUAGCGACCAUAUGCGAGCCUUGGCGUUCAACAUCUUCUCACAAUGCAGGAGGCUCUUGGUACAUUCGAAUAACGUUAAAUCUUUGACUGGUUUUGGUACGGCUGCAAUGGCGGAUCAUUUCCUCAAAAACAAAGACGAGAAAAACCGCGCUCCCUACAAACUCUACACCCCUCCGUACAUCCUAGCGCCCACUAGGGGCAAAGUAGAGGCAGCCGAGGCGUUCGGAAAAGGUGCCCAAGACCAAGCCUCUGUGCUAUACCUGUCGUACUGUCUCUCCGAAGACCAAAGCUGGCUGCUAGCGUCGGCCACGGACGAUCGGGGGGAGAUUUUCGAAACGAUCAACAUCAACGUCGAUAUACCGAACAGGAGUAGGCGGAAGAAAGCUUCGGCCAGGAGAAUCGGCUUGGAGAAGUUGAUGAACUUCAUCCUUGGGGUUAUGUCGCAGAGCGUCAGGCCGUGGAGGCUGGUUGUUGGAAGGCUAGGUCGGAUUGGCCAUGGUGAACUGAAAGGCUGGAGCUGGUUAUUGAGUAGGCGAAACCUUUUGAAAGCCUCUAAACACCUUAAAGAGAUCUGUAAUCAGUGUUCAAUGAUGUAUCCCUCGGCCGUUCCUUGCAUUCUAAGCGCAUGCCUUGUCAGCCUAGAACCAGAUUCCGUAUUACGCCUGAUGCCUGACCAAUUUACGCCGGACGAACGAUUCAGUCAAGUUUCUGUGAAUUCUCAACUAUCCACACCUCAAGAUGUUAGCUGUACGCAUAUCCUUGUGUUCCCAACGAGUGCAACAACGCAAUCCUCGCAGACAGCUUUUCAGGAGCAACACAUCACCGCCGACCUCGGCGACGACGAACUCUUCUCCCCGUUCGGCGAGGACAUCGUCGACGACGAAUUCAACGACAUCUUCUGGGGCGACUUCGUUGCAGGCGGCGGUCAGUCCCCGACGGGCAGCCCCCGCAGGGACGGUUCGCCGACCGGCGGCAGUCCGCAGGGGUGCGGCGGAGGCGGCGCCGGCGGUGGGGGCGGUUCCGGAGGCGGCGCUGGUGGUGCUGGCGGACAUGCGUCCGGAGGCAGGGACGGCCAGGGCGGCAGCGGGGCGCAUCAUAAGCAGAGGGAGGCCGCCGAGGAGGUCGGUCAAGUCCUGCAACAACCCCUCGCCCUCGGCUAUCUGGUAUCAACAGCACCGACCGGCCGCAUGCCGCGCUGGUUCUGGUCCUCCUGCCCCCACCUGGAGGGCGUCUGCCCUGCCUUCCUCAAAAACGCCCUCCAUUUGCACAGUCCGAACGUGCAACAGAGCAGCGACGAGUUCUUCCAGCAGUCUACCAGCGCUGCGGCCUCCGUUACCUCGCAUCCGCUAGAUUCGCAGUACACCACUGACGUUUUGAGAUACGUGCUAGAAGGUUACAACGCCCUCUCGUGGCUGGCACUGGACUCUAACACGAAAGAUCGACUGUCCUGCUUGCCGGUCCAUAUGCAGGUGUUAGUGCAGCUAUACCACACGGCCGCGGCGCUCUUGUAAACCGCUGAAACGGUGUGCAUAAAAAAAAACAAUCUGCCCGGCGUCGUGAAUUCUCGGUCAAUCGUUCAUUUUUUUAAAUGUUUUAACUAGCGGACUAUAAGAGGUUCGGGAGUUCAUGUUUAACUCGUAUGAGACAAAAUCGAUACCUCUGCGUAAAAAACCGUUCGCGCCAUCGAGUGUUUUGGAACCCGCUCAGCUACGCACUGCCAGGAUAUAUCCGCUCACCUAUAGCCAGCCGCGAUUAAUCCGCUUAGUUACAGCUUGUUCGAAAGUUUUUACAGCAGAAAACAGCACAAACUACGAAUUGAACUGGCACGACGUUGUCAGGAAAACAUCAAUUAACGAUUCAUUCAUGAAAGUAUGAAAUCUGAGGACGAAACUUUACGCAACACAGAAGUACCUAUAUCACUUAAUUGCAAGGUAUUAUCGAAUUGUCUCGCAAAGCAAAACUUUCACAACCCGUGAGCGCAUUCGGGAGGACGCCAUCGGACAAGCUGUAGCUGAGCGGUUUGAUCGCAACUGGCCAGACAUGAGCGGAGGUAUUCUGGCAGCGCGUAGCUGAACGAGUUUAAGUGCACUCGGUGGCUGAGACCGACUGAGGAAUUGAAAUCAUACACUCGAGUAGUAUCUGAAUUUUCCUAUUUACGCUUUUUGAUUUAGAAGAAUUGGCUGACUGCAACAGUCAUCUAGAGGUCAGCCUUGUAAAAAUAAACAGGUACUACGAUUUUUAACUGCGGCGAAGACCCUAAAAUUUUAGGCUCUUUUGGAAUCUCAAAUAAAAAUAGUGCAGUUUGUCAAACAGGACCUAUUUAUUCACAAAUGUGAACCUAAAUUCCUGGACCUGAAUAGUCUGUAGCUUUUGAAAUUUGUCCAUUGUGGAGUCGAAACUUGGUUUGUUGUUUGAAUGCCAUUUCUACAGGUGUCAAAUAAACGUUUAAUUUGCAACGAAAAUGUUCACCUUUAUUGUGGAUAUUGACAAUUUUGGGCGGAAAUAAAAUUUUCGAUAAGGCACAAGUUGUUAUUUUUUCUGUUAGAGUCUUCCUGUUAGAUAGCAAAGUGGCAUUUGAAAACAUACAAGAAAGCAAAUUGAAGGCCUUAAUUUCUUAUGAUGAAACUACAUUAAGGAUUUAGAACUUUUUGAAGUUAAGAAAACGCGAUUACCUUAGCGUUUUUUUUUGCUUUUUCUCUGUACCCAAUAGGUAGCUAAAUCUGUAGUUUCAAAGUUCGGAUCUCUUGAUAGGUGAAUCACGGGGAAUAAUGCGUAUAUCUUUGUGUCUAUAAAGUAAUUUUCAACCAGAAUAAACGCAGAAAAAUACUCAAAUUAGAAGUGACGUAAAUAUUGAUAUUUUUUUAAUUGAUAGCUGUAAAUAUAUGUUAUAUUUUUUAACUGUAAAAAGAUCCGUUUUUAUGUGUACAAACUGAAAAUUGUGAUAUUUAGAGGUUAAUUUUUAGAAGUUUAAAAUUUUUAAAUAGCGCCGACGUUUUAAGAAAAACAAAUGAAUUAAAAAAAACUGCCAGACGACGCCGUUUCAGUGAUUUGCAAACAUGCGUUGAGACAGUGUGCGUGUUAAGAGAUGAAUAUUGUUGUUGAAAAUAUUUAUUUGUUGUUAGGUUUUCAGUUUUAACAUGUUUUUAACCAUGUAACUAUGUAAAUUUUGUACAAGACAUAAUUUAUUUUCAUUUGUCCUUUUUAUUUUAUUUUCUUGUUGGACGGCCAUGAUCUUGUAAAGCUAAACAGAAUCGUAUUUGGUAUGUAGCUACAGUCCAACCCACUUGUUUUCCUGAAAUAUCUCUCAAUUUGUGCAUUGAUAGUUUUGAGGGGAAUUGAUCAAAACUACAUUACUCAUGAUUCAAAUAAAAUAUGACUGACAUUAACCCUGGCUAUUCCGCAAAUUGUAAUUCUGGCUAGGGCUAAAAUACUUUGCACUAAAAACGCAUAGCUUUUCCAGAUAAAUAGGUCUUCCAUUCAUUCGUACACAUUUUUCCCAAUAAGUGGGUGGAUACCAGACAGCUUGUUAUCAUUUUUACCUGAGUUUAAGCUUGCCAUGCGCGUUCAAAAAUUGACUAUCUUAUCGUUGUAUGGUCAGCUUAUACUUUUGUAAGAAUGGUCACAUCGUGACGUCAGUUGUCUUUCUAAAAAAAGUUCUUAUCGAAUAAUUGUACCACUUCUGCGUAGCUUACGGAUCUGUGCCUCUUGUGUAUAUAAAAGAAUGUACAAAAAGAUAAAAAAUAGACUGAGAAUGCUAAUAUGCAACAGUGACCUAUCAAAAUUUUUACGUAGCAUGACUACCAACGUCAGGUGCGACAAUUCUCUUAUAGAAAUGUUCGUUUAUGUAUUCCGUCAAUAACGCAGCUGAAUUGUCAUACUUGUCAUUAUUUUUUAUCUAAUAACAUAAUAGCGAGAAUUCACCUGUAAUCCAUUUGAUUUUAACAUCGAUACUUGGUCGCUACCUUUACCUUUCUAAUUUUAUUUCGUGGUGUAUAUGGUGUCUCAAAAAUGUUUCAAACGAAUGACCUUACUAUGGUCUUCAACGUCAAGAUGUUUUCAAAUGGAACCUUGUUCGUCUCGGAAUUGAAAAGAUUAACAAAUUUUACGUUCCAGUGUGAUCUUGAUCAUUGCCUCCAAGGACAUUUAAAGGUCAAAUUAAGACAUUGAGAACAAUUUGAUCUAGUAAAAAUGUUCCACAACACAGUUGUGUGGUUUGUUGGUAUUACCCUUAAAGUCAAGUCAAAACACACUGGAGAUGGAAAAAUCAGGAAAUUUUACUCCCGAAUGAUGUUUACGCUUGACACGACUGACUCUAAGGUCAAGGUCACAUACGGACGUAAAUUUUUUGCUUUUUCCAUUUCGAGUAUAAAAAUGAGAGGUUUCCUUCAGAAAUUUUGGCGUGCAGUUCACAACUGCUGUCCAUCUUUUUGCUAGAGCAAAUUGUUUAAGAUGUCUUAAUUUGACCUUGAAAUGGGUGUGAAGGUCAAUGCGAAGGUGAUGCUAGGACAUACAAUUUAUUCCUCUUUUCAAUUCUGAUUUGAAAAAGGGGGGUUACAUUUGAAAACAUUUACUUGACCUUAAAAUGAUUACCCCCAAAACCCUACACUUUUCGUUUGAAACUUUUUUCCUAGAAUGAACAGUUUUCGAACUAUUUGAGUGGGCAGAUUAAAAUGGGACAUUAUAUAUACCCAGAUGGGAUUUGUAUCAAAUAUAUCCAAAACAUAUGGCAACAAGUCAAGAGGUUAUUCUUUGGGCAGCUUUAAGACUAUUGUGUCCUUUGACUAUAUGAAGAAAUCGUCCUUGUUUCAAAGCUUCAGGGCGCACAAAAUUUUCAAAAUAACACUAGUUGGUGAGGUCACAUGACAUGAUAAUGUGUUUCCGCCUUUUGGGCAAAAUAGUCUUACGAUAUUAACGUUGAGUUCAACAUAAAUCAUUUUUAGUUGCCCCUGUAACCAUCUUAAAGGUUUUGGCUGUUGUUGCCCUACAUUGAUAUCUGAAAAAAAGAUUCCUCAUCACUUCAAAAUUUUAUGUUAACGAAAUCGGGUAUAUUUGAGUGUAAAAGGUGAUGAUCGAAAAAAAAAUGGGUUUAAGGUUUUUUGAGUUUUGCGUGUGUAGCAAUAUAAUCAAACCUGCGUGAAUAUUCUAAUGUAAUUUCCGAAAACGCUGUUUUUAAAAUGCGCUUUUACGUGCAAGAAAAUGGUAAAGAUUUUACACCGAUGAGAAACAAAUUAGAUGAAUUUGUACAUAACAUAAUUUUUUAAUAAUCAAAAGUUUUUUGUCAAUUCCUAGAUCGCUUUUCUUUGCAAUACUAUAAAACUUGACCAAAGUAGGUUAACAUAGAACAAACGUUUUAUCAAGUACUGGAACUGUGAUAUAAAAAGUCAACCAUCAUUACAUACGAUUUUUUUUGUACAUCACAUAAGAGGAAAUUACUGUAAAGCAUUUAUGAAAUCUGCGUGCUGCUUUUCCAACAUUGAAAACUCCGUAAAUCACGAGAAGAAAAUUCAAUUUUUUCAUAAAAUAACUUUUUUGUGAAAACUCAAUUUUUCUGAUGCAGAAAGUACAAAAAAUAAUAGAAAGUUUAUAUAGAAGUCCUAAAUCUUACUAUAGGCGCGUGGUUUUAUCUUUAUACUGUAUGUUUGAGCAUCUAUUUAAAAUUAGUUUUGAAUAUCUGAGGUAAGGUACGUGUAAAAAACUUCAAUCCAUUCUACUUUGAAAAUACGAUGAAGUUAGUGAAGCUAGACAUUGAAAAUUGUACGAUUUGUAUUAAGAGAGUCAACUCAUUUCACCAAGCAAUAUAAAUUAAAACACUCUGCAUCUGGUAAAGAUAUACGUCUAUCGAAACUUAUGUUAUUUUUUAGAAAAAUUGACAUUUUUUGAGUCACUAUGGAUUCUGAGAUCUAUUCACCGAUUUUUCGGCAUUAAUUCUUUUUCAUAUGUAAUUAGUAUUACAGUUCCUGGUCCAUUACAAAUGACAGACCAAUGUUGUCUUAAAAUGUAACAAAGAAAAGCAUCUACUAAUGAAUAGAAAUAGCAAAACGUUGGUUAACCAAAUUGUGCGUAUAAUAUUAAGUGUUUAACUAACCAUAAUGUUAACUUUGCUGGGGCCAAAGACUUCAAAACGUAUCUUAUAAUUGUUGCCUCAGAUAUAAAUGAAAUUUGAACAAACACGAUUGAAAAUGUUGAAGCUCAGUUUUUGAUUUUGAGUAAAGAUAAUGGCCGCAUGACUUUUAAUUUUUUCGUUACCUUUAUUUAUUUAGUUUAGAGAUGCAAUCAUUGCUCAAGAUCUCUGGAAUGCUCCGUGUUUUUUUUUUUUCGUUGGUUGCAAUGAAAAUGUGAUCCUUAAGUUCAUCAAAGCAGUUUAAUGGAGAACUUAACUAGCAGUAUUUUUAAUGUUCUUUUGUUAUUCGCAAUCAUUUUGGUUGAUUACUUACCCCUUAUAUUAUUUAUAUGUUUAAUUAUUUAAAAGGUGUCUUUUUAUUAAUAUGACAGGUUUAGGACUGUUAUUAUAUUGUUCAAAAAGAUGGAAAAUGAAAAUGAGUAGAGCGUUCAAAAUGAGAAACGUUUUUUUGUACAUACUAGUUACUGUUGUAAGAAUAUGUCAAUUUUAGGGAAUUGGGAAUAUAUAGUUAAACAAAUUUGUACAUAUUUUAUUGACAUUAGUUGAAUUAGAAAAUACACAUGAAAUGUUAAUAACUUUAUAAAUAAUUAUAUACAUAUUACUUAG